UCCUUUCUAGAGCGGGCUGCGACUUGUGCGCAUUCGGCGUCUUUCCCUCGCUUGCUUUCCAGUGAAAUAUCCCCGCGCCAAUGGGGGCGGGGCCGUCUCUCUGACGCAGCUUGUCCGGUGUCGUCAGUGGAGGAGGUGUCGUCAUCACAAUUCCUGUGCCGGGAAGGAAGCGCUCCGUCUUUUCUCUUCGGACGAGGCAGCCGGCUUGGCCGCCAUCGCCGCAGUCCGAAGCCCCCAGGAUGAAGAUCUGGAGCUCGGAGCACGUGUUCGGACAUCCAUGGGACACUGUAAUAAAAGCUGCAAUGCGAAAGUAUCCCAAUCCCAUGAAUCCAUCUGUGGUCGGAGUUGAUGUUCUGGACCGAAGCCUUGAUAAUGAAGGAAGGUUGCACAGCCACCGGCUUCUGAGCACUGAAUGGGGGCUGCCAAGUAUUGUUAAAGCUAUUCUGGGGACAAAUAGAACCAUUACAUAUAUUAAAGAACAUUCUGUGGUAGAUCCAAUGGAAAAGAAGAUGGUGCUGUGCUCCACUAAUAUUACACUUACAAAUCUUGUAUCAGUUGAUGAACGAUUAGUCUAUACGCCUCACCCUGAAAAUCCUGAACAAACGGUACUAACCCAAGAAGCAAUUAUUACAGUAAAAGGUGUUAGUCUCAGUAGUUACUUGGAAACAUUGAUGGCAAGUUCAAUAUCUUCCAACGCUAGAAAGGGUCGAGAAGCCUUGGAGUGGGUGAUUGGCAAACUGAACACAGAGUUUGAGGAACUAACUUCAUCCACGCGAGGGAGUGUGAAGGCAGCAAUGGCAGCAGCUUCAACAGAGAACUGAUGGACUGUAACAGAGAACUUUAUUUUUCCAUUAGAUUUUUUUUUCUUGCCAAGAUGGCUACUCCAUAGUUUUUUAUAUAUUUGUUAUAUUAUGAGAAUUUUACAGGGUAGAAGUUACAAUUCCCCCUAAAAUGUGUGGCCUCUGAGGACUCUGUUCCCAGUACAGGUGAACUUGACUGUCUCCAAAUUACAGUGACCUCAAGUCCCACUAAAAUAAAUAGAUGCUCAUCAGAUACGCUAUUGCCAAACUGUGCCUUGACCAGAUAGCUAGAGAACAGAGUUUGCAAUUUAUAUCACAUUUUGUUGUGCUUCAUACUUAAUAUUUAUUUAUUUUUUAAAGCGCAGCUGCAGUUCUGUAAAGAACACAUAGGUACAAAAGCACUGGGAAUUUUGUCAGUCUCCAGUUCUGAGAACUAGUUCAGAGAAGGGACAAGGGAAGCACAGUAAGGCUGACAGAGAAAGCUUACUCUGAGGUGGUCUACCCAGUUUUGCUGAGUAAAAGGCCUCUUUGCUUUUUGAGGCGCUUGAACAAGCCUCACUGAAAUGAAGGCUAAUGAAGUAGCAUAGUUGUCUGGGUGGAUUUUGUCCUUAGUUGAAGGCCUCUGCAUUAAGCUUGAUCUUCCUGGGUACUAACUCAUGUUGGACUGUUGAAAUGCGGAGCCUGAACAAAAUAUGCAGUUCUUGACCUCUAGUAUUUAUAGUCAGACCACUGAUAAGGGCAGCGCUCCAGCUCUUAUGCUGGAGUAAAACCUUUUUGAAUCUUAAAAAAAAUUCAGUAAUUAUUUUCAUCUGUGUACAUUUACUCUAGUUUCUUAUGUGAGAAACUAGCGGGAAGGGUUAGAAGCAUUAUUUUCUGUGUACAGUUUUUUCCAACCAACAUUUGUACAACAUUAGUGCCUUUCUUAAUUCACAUAAUAGAUUACAGGACUGUGUGACAGACCCAUUCCACGUCAAGCCCGUUUCACGCCCCAUUUUAGGUUCUGCGAAGGAGCCUACUUCAUGGUUGAAGAGAACAUAACAUGAAGAACAGCUCAACUGGACCCUAGCAGACCCAGCACUUUUGACCAAAACUGUUCCAAUUUAGACAAUCUUCAAAUAAAUCAUGUCAAUGCGGAUAAAUGGAA